AUGGGUUCAAUAUGCCCGAUGCAAAACGGAGGUGGCUUCCGCGGCCCCCCUAUCCCUUUGGUUGUCGUCCCUGUGGUCUAUCAGUUGAUGCGAUCGAACCCAGAUCUGAAAGUCACCAAGUACGUGAAGGAUCUGAUGUGCAAAGGUGGCCCAGUCAGUGUUGCCGAGAAUGCUCAUUAUAUAAUCCAAUAUAUGCUCUCCAAGCUCCCGUCCAAUGUCAUCUACUGGUUCGGCACCAAGGUGCUGCAGCUGAAGCCUGAGAUCGCCAUGCAGACGACGGAAUUCCUGAAGUCAAGGACAGAACUAGGGCCUCCAACAGAGCACAGCCUGGCACAGAGCGAUAUUGAAAGACUUGCAACUUCAGAGGCUCUAACCAUCCCGUCAGACGUAGAGCGACGUCUUGCAAAGCUCGAGAUGGACUACCAGAUGCUGCAGGAGCAGCACACGGACUCACUCAAGCUGUUGGCCUACAAGACGGAGGAGGUUAUAGAACUGCCAAGAGAGCUUCCGCCACCAACGCCAGCCGAGUCACCAGCCCCCUUCCCCCCUGGUCCAAAGGAGCCGGGCCAGCUAGAAGCACCUGUCGAGCUGCCUUGGUCUUGUAGGCCAGCUGCAGGCGACCUUGAGACUCAGGCACUACUGCAAGAGAUUGGGCUCCGGCUUGGGAGGGUUGUCCUGGAAUGGGCUGGCGAUAUGAUGAAGCAGAGCCUGAUGUCUGGCGGGUCUACGAAGUUCCCGAGCGACUCCAAGCUGGGGGGAGCACGUGAAGAUCUUGGCAGCCGACUCGCAAACUCGCUUACGACCUGA